UUAAGGAGUGAGCAUUCACAUCCAUCAAAAGGACAAUCUCUCUCUACUCUCUGCCUCCUCUGAUACUCGAAGAUCGGAGGAUUCCUGAAUCUAACUUCUGCAAAUCGAUUUGAUAGCAACGGUGCAAACAACGAGGCUCCACGAUUGCGUGGGAACUAAGGGUGGGGAGGGAACGGGAGGGAAAUGGUGUUUGCCCAUAAUCAUCAAAUCAUUUGAGUAGAAGCUGCACAGGGGAGUGUGAUGCUGCCGUAGCGUCCGCGAAGACCAAGUCUUCUUUCGGGAGGAUCGGCAGCUGCCUGCUGCGGUCUUCCUCGUCUCUGAAACCCACGUAAUGCUUUGUCAGUAGUUGUCUCUGUUUGCCCUCCCGAUUCUUGAGUGCAACUUUGGGUGUUUUCAUAGUGAAGUGGAGAAGCCAUGCACAGUCAUAAUUGAAAAGCAACCAAUCUUGGCAAUUCAAACAAAUUUGAACAUUAGGGCUCUCUUGCAGCUCCUUCUCUUUUGAAGUCAACAAAUAAUUGAAAGAUGGCUGCUGAGCUUGUCAACACGGCAACGAGUAAUAAGUUGGCAGAAAUGGAUUGGACAAAGAACAUUGAGAUCUGUGAGUUAGUUGCUCGUGAUCCAGGGGUAUCGAAAGAUAUUAUUAAGACCAUCAAAAAACGACUGGGGAGUAAACAUUCAAAUGCACAACUCUAUGCAGUCAUGCUGUUGGAGAUGCUGAUGAACAAUAUUGGAGAACCUAUUCAUAAGCAAGUCAUUGAAUUGGGGAUUCUCCCUAUUCUUUCGAAGAUAGUUAAAAAAAAGACUGACUUGCCCGUACGAGAGAGGAUAUUUCUUCUUCUAGAUGCCACACAGACAUCCUUCGGUGGUGCUUCUGGGAAGUUUCCUCAAUAUUAUUCUGCAUUCUAUGACCUUGUAAGUUCUGGAGUUCAGUUUCCUCAGAGGUCUCUAUCCAUAUCGUCAGAUAAUGCUCCUGCAAAAGUUGUGAGGAGAUCCACAGGUUAUCCUGCUCCAGAAGCAAUUAAAAAGAGUCCUUCUGACAGGGAGCCAGCAUCUAGUAGACAGGAUGGAUUUUCUCAGCAAUCAGACUCACAUUCUGUCUCUGAAUCGAGUAUUGUUCAAAAGGCCCGUAAUGCAUUAGAGGUUCUGAAGGACGUACUUGAUGCUGUUGAUGCUCGACAUCCUGAGAUUGCAAAAGAUGAGUUCACACUUGAUCUCGUGGAGCAGUGUUCUUUCCAGAAACAACGAAUAAUGCAACUUGUGAUGACUUCUAGGGAUGAAAAGGUGGUUUCUCAAGCAAUUGAGUUAAAUGAGCAGCUUCAAAAUGUUCUUACACAACAUGAUGCUCUGCUCUUGGGUAGGUCUGGCUCACCAGCCAGUCAUGUUAAUUAUGAAGAGAUCGAGGAAGAGGAAGAUGAGCAGCUUUUUCGAAGGUUACGAAAAGGAAAAGCUUGUGUGAGGCCUGAAGAUGAAGAGGGGAUAGUGCAAAGGCCAUUAGAAUUGUUUGGAUCAUAUGUUCCUGGAGAAAUAGCAUACCGUCCACUUAUCCGGUCUCCAUCUACAGUGCUAUCCAGGGAAUCCAAUGGGCAGGGUCCACCUGUGGCAAUCCCUCCUCCACCAGCAAAACACGUCGAGAGGGUAAAAUAUUUUCAAGAAAACAAUUCGGAUGGCUCUGCUGUUGCUGGACACAUGAGGGGCCUAUCAUUACAUAGUCGCAAUGGCAGCAGUUCACAAAGUGGAAGCAUCUAUAACAGUGACUGAUUGGACAUUGAUCUUUUUCAUGCUUUGGUCUGUGAUGGGUGCAACCUCUGCCAUCACCUGGUGUGGAGCUAUAUACUUCUUUCUGAACCUCAACUCAUGGAUGUAAGCAGGCAGCUCCUUUGUAAUUGGCAACAAGAACACAAUGACUUAGUGAUAGGGGCUAUGCAUCAGUCAAGUUUCUCUCAUUGUGUUGUGUCCACAAUGCAGAUAAUUGCAUUGGGGGAGAGCGACGGAUGUCCCUGGUCCCAAUAUAUAUUCAUAGAUGGGAAGUUAUAUUAUCAGCGUUUGCCUUUGUACUGUUUUUGUAUGUAAAUAUGAGAAGAUCAUUAAGUCAA